CCAAAACGCAAACCCGUAGUCGCAACCCAAACCUCUUUUCUCCUCCACCACAACCUUAAACCACCGUCUUCCGCCGUCGUCGUCGCCGCUGCUUCUGCCAGAACUGCGCUAAAUCGUUGAGGCGGCAUUCUCAGCUAAUAUGAAAGCUUCUCGACGCAAAAAUAUUGACAAGGGGGAACAACAACCCAAAAAGAAGAUGAAAAUAUCAGUGCAACAGAGAAAAAGAAGUAGUGGUACAGAGGAGGAAGGGAACUAUCCAAAUAUUGACUACUUCAAUAAGCUAUCUGAUGAUGUUAUAACCUCUCUUUUUCUGAGAUGCACCCUCAAGUCAUUAUCCAUGUUAAGGUGUACAUCCAAGUUGUGGAAUAACUUUAUUAUUAGUUCUUCGUUCCUUCAUUUACACCUGACACAAUCAACACAAAAUGGCCCUAAACUUCUUUUUUUGGAAAGAAUAAGUCUUCACCCGGCAAAAUCGUCCACGUUACGGUUUAUUUCAAUUGACAUGGAUGGAAGCAGGGAGGAGUUAUACACUGUCACUGUCCCUGAUGACCAACUCGCAUGUGCCAGAAUGCAAGUACGCUUUGGGUUGGUUUGCCUUUCAACAGAUUGUCGUCUUUAUUUGUGCAAUCCUGCCCAGCAACAAUUGUGUGAAUUGCCGGAAUAUUCACUUUCUGCUACCCCUGGAUACUGGCAUUUUGGGUUUGCAUAUCUUCACUCAAGGAAGGAAUACAAAGUGGUGCAUUUUUUCUAUACCUUUCCUUCAAUGACUGAAAGGUGGUGUCAUCGUGGCAAGCUUCGGGUUUCACAUCUAAAAUGUGAGGUUCUUACCAUAAAUAAGGUCGGUGGCAUUUCUUUUAAUAGAUGGAAAGAAAUUGCAGACCGGCCUCCUUGUCAUCCGAGAUCUGUAGGACAGUUAGUAAAUGAAUGUAUGUAUUGGUGGACUUAUUGUGUUCCUCGCGCCCGUGUUAAUCAAAUUCUUUCAUUUGAUUUUGAAACUGAAAAAUUCCUUGCUAUAUCUCCUCCUCCAUCACCUUUUGAAGGUGAUGUGGGCUUGUUUGUGAUGGAUUUGAAAGGGAUGCUUUGCGUGCCAGACGCUGCUCGCUUCCACAGGAGUUCAAUUUUAGACCUGUGGAUACUCAAGGAUAAAAUAAGUUGCACUUGGGUAAAGGAGUAUAGCAUCCGUUUGAUCGACUUUGGGUUUAAGAAGAUUACGAAUGUCUUCAUGACAUGCAAUGAAGAAAUAAUAUUCCAUCAUUUGGGUAAAGUGGUCUUCUAUGACCUAAAAAGAAAAUCCUUCAGAGAAGUGGAAGCACUUUCACAUCGGUUCUUUCCUUAUGGAGUUUACUCGAAAAGCUUGUUUUCUUUAGGAACCAUAUAGGUCGGUCCUUCCUAAAGUUCUCCACGGAAGACACUGCCACCAUCCAAUCAAACCUCCACUUUACCUGCCAAAUCUUGAUACUCAAUCAAGGACCUCCAUUUUCAAGUUUGUUAGCUUCAGCUGGCAUUUUCUUUUCGUAAUUUAGUUUCUUAUUUUCUGUUAUAUUAUUUUUUUUAGUACAGUGCUGAGCAUAACAGGUAGUAUAGAGCUCAUGAAUCAAAUACUUGAAUUGCACCAUGAUUAUUGCUAGUAUUCUCCCUAAGCUUGUCCUCUCAUUUAUUGAUAGCAGCCAUCUGCAGAACCAGAGCUGAAACCAAGGAGCAAACCUUAUUCGAUGAAGUUUGUAGAUUCAUAUUUCAAGUAUUAUUGUGAAUUUGGA